GGGCCUGCGAAGGGGCCUGACUGAAGCCUGGCGCAGGCGCAAUGGUCAUGAGAUCCUUCUAGACGCCGGCACCGAGAGUCGGGCACAGCCGCGGCGGCGACCAUGGACGACGAGGAGGAGACGUACCGGCUGUGGAAGAUCCGCAAGACCAUCAUGCAGCUGUGUCAUGACCGGGGCUACCUGGUGACCCAGGACGAGCUGGACCAGACGCUGGAUGAAUUCAAGGCACAGUUCGGGGACAAGCCGAGCGAGGGGCGGCCGCGGCGCACGGACCUCACCGUGCUGGUGGCCCACAAUGACGACCCCACCGACCAGAUGUUUGUCUUCUUCCCCGAGGAGCCCAAGGUGGGCAUCAAGACCAUCAAGGUGUACUGCCAGCGCAUGCAGGAGGAGAACAUCACCCGCGCCCUCAUCGUGGUGCAGCAGGGCAUGACGCCCUCCGCCAAGCAGUCCCUGGUCGACAUGGCGCCCAAGUACAUCCUGGAGCAGUUCCUGCAGCAGGAGCUGCUCAUCAACAUCACGGAGCACGAGCUGGUCCCGGAGCACGUGGUCAUGACCAAGGAGGAGGUGACGGAGCUGCUGGCCCGGUAUAAGCUCCGUGAGAACCAGCUGCCCAGGAUCCAGGCCGGGGACCCCGUGGCACGCUACUUCGGUAUAAAGCGGGGACAGGUGGUGAAGAUCAUCCGGCCCAGCGAGACAGCCGGCAGGUACAUCACGUACCGCCUGGUGCAGUAGCUGCCCCCGAGAUGGACCGAGGGACAGCGAGGAUCUGCCUCUGCCCGAGCCCCAUGUGACCCCUGGGUGCGCCUCAGGCCCGGGUCAGCACUGCUGCCCACCGCAUCUCCAGCUGGGGACCCUGAUGCUUGAGGGAGCAGGACAGGCCAUCCAUGGGCUUUGGGGGGCUCAGAAUGUGGGGGCCUUCAUAAGGAGACCCGGGGCGUGCUCACUGGGACAGGCCGGGCAGCUCGCCUCCCUCAUCCUUCCUGGUGGGGUCUGAACUUCCCCCUCCCACUUCCCCCUGCACAGGCCAGCGCCCUGCCCGGAACUUGGGCACCCCCCUUGUCCCUCCAUACGUCCGGUUUCAAAGGUGGGACCCCUUGGAUUCUGAGGACACUGGGGUGUGGAAAGCUGCCCACGAAAUUGUGUUCUGCUGACUGGUGUCUGUGCCCAGUGAUUGCUCUGGCUUCUGCCUCAGUUUCCCCCAGGGCUCGCUGCCUCAGUCGUGACCUUGGCUGCUCGUGUGAAGGUCACGGCCCUGUGAAUGGUUUCCUCUGACGUGUGUUUUACAGAAUAAAAAUCCUUCUGGCUUUUGAGUAA